GAAGAAGAAGAAGCUGUGCGUUUAUUUCAGGCUGCAGCUAUACCUCUGAUAUGCUUAAUUUAUUUACAACAUAACUGAAUGUUUUGGGGCUAACUGGCUAAUUCUUUUUUCGGUAUUUUAUAUAGUUUUCUUAUAAUUUGGUCAAAGAUUUGAAAGACUGAGUUAUUGCGUGUGUGUGUGUUCACAAUUAGCAAACUAGCUCUCUGCUAGCUACCAGCCUAGUAAUAAAUGGGCUAACGUUGAGGUCUACAGAGAAGAUAAAGAGUAAAACUUCUUCAUAUUUCUUCACUAAGCCGGGAGACGCGUUUUGGCUUUUUCUUCGGACAUCUGAGGAAGAUGGAGGCUCCUCCUGUCACUGUGAUGCCCAUUACCAGCGGCACCAUCAACAUGAUGGAGUAUUUGCUGCAAGGCAGUGUGUUAGAUUCGUCUCUGGAAAGCCUGUUACAUCGCCUGCGUGGUCUGUGUGACAACAUGGAGCCGGAGACUUUUACAGACCACGAGCUUGUGUACCUUUUGAAAGGCCAGCAGGGGAAUCCUUUCAUUCUGCGUGCCCGGCGAUCCCUCUCCCAUCCUACUGCCCCGUGGCACCUGCGCUAUUUGGGCCAACCUGAAGUAGGAGACAAGAGCCGCCACGCCCUGGUGCGUAACUGUGUGGACGUGGCUUGUUCUCACAGCCUUCCAGACUUCCUUAAUGAAAUGGGCUUCCGUAUGGACCACGAGUUUGUCACCAGCGGCCACAUAUUUCGCAAGGGAGCUAUGAAAGUCGUAGUGUGCAACGUGUCCCGCGUGCUUGUGCCUGGGAACACAGAGAACACGGAGCGAAUGUCCCUUUCACAUUUGGUGGAACUGAGUGUAUUGGCUCCUGCUGGCCAGGACACUGUGUCUGAAGACAUGCGGAGCUUUGCAGAGCAGCUUAAACCUCUGAUUCAUUUGGAGAAAAUUGACCCAAGCAAGCAAAGACAUUGAAAGUGUUCUAAAGUGAGGUUCUGUUAAAAGCUUCUGCUAUUCAUGAGCUUGGUAAUUAAACUCAUUGGGUUCUUUAAUUAGGAUACAUUUAAAACAGUCGGUCUUUGUAGACCGAACAUAAUAGUCCAAGAUGGACCAAUAAAGUAGUAAAGCACUGCUGUCUUAAGGCUUCAAUUUAUUUUGUUGUUUUAAAACGCAUCAAACUGCAAUUAAAUAUAUCUUCUCAAAAUCCAGAUUUUUGUCAAAAACAGCUUUAAGAUGUUAGAUGUUCUCUCAGAUUAGUUUUUAACCUCAAUCUCCCAGAAGCUAAUCUGGAUUCACGCUAAUUCAAGACACUAUCUAUCUCCUGUUGGUGAUACCUACCCUGAACUUAUCUACCUAGUUCACGUAGUUAGUCAUGUUUCUGUAGGUUUCUACUUCCACCAGUACCUGCUUUUAACAGAACUUCACUUAAAAAGUCCGACCGAGGCAUUUGUUUUGUCUUAGUCUUGUUUUGCAAAUAUUGUUGUCAAUGUUUUACUUUUAUACUUUUGUUACAGUAAAUAAAAUAAAUU